UUUCUCCAAAAUUUAAAUUUCCUUUUUUUUUAAAUUCUUAUUUUUCCUUAACUUUCUUUGAAAUUUUGCAGAAUUCGCCAUUUUCUCUCUCCUCCUCAUUUUACACCAUAAAUUACAUUAAAACCCCCUCUUUGCUUACUCCUGCCUUCUUUCUCUCUCCUCCUACUCUUUCCCUCUCCUCAAACUUGAGUUGUUUUUGUAUAUGAAUUUAAGUUUUUAUUUAUUUAUUGUAUAAUUAGGUUUUUUUCGCCGAAUCUUGGUGCAUCAUCAGGUUACUCGAAUUAGUUGAUUGUGCGAAAGUCUUGAUCUUUAGGGUUUUCUAGCAUGAGCGCCAGGGUACCGAAGGGUGUUCCUCCAAAGGCUGCUGUCCGCUGCUCCCAACGGAGGAAAAUGGGAUUAGAUGUUGAUCUCAAUGUCCCGCUUUCUGAUCAUUGUGAUGAAGUUGGGACGUCGAGCCAUGUGCCUGCGGUUCCACAAGUCCAAGCUGCUCCGCUAGUGGUACCGAUUGAUGUUGAUUCACUUGAGGAGGAUGUCGUUUUAUCCUCUCCAAGGGCCUUUGCAGCGGCUAAAAAUAAUUCGAGAAGGAAUCAGACUAGAAGCAGUAAUGUCGCUGACGUUGAAAUUCUAUCUGCAAGUAGACCUGCUGCUAACAACCGUUGCAAACGGCAAAGAGUCCCUACAAAUCAACCUAUUAUCAACUGUGAAUUAUAUGUAAUUCCGGACAGGAACGACAGUGAUGUGAGUGGAACUGGUGAGAGUUUUCCAGGGAAGACAAGAAGUGUGGCCCCACCACCACCUCCUCCUCCUCCAGAGCCUGUAUUUAAUUGUCCCGUUUGCAUGGGUCCAUUGGUUGAAGAAAUGACAACAAAGUGUGGUCACAUAUUCUGUAAGGCAUGCAUUAAGAAAGCAAUAUCUUCUCAGCACAGAUGUCCUACUUGCAGGAGAAAGGUGACGAUGAAAGAUACAAUAAGGAUCUACCUUCCUGCUUCAAGUUAAACUUGAGGCGUAUAUUGAAUGAUGUCGAGGGGAUUCCUGGAGUCUUUUUAGUUCGAAGAGGUGAAGAAAGAAGUCACUGAUCGUCUGCACAUUGCUAUUGAUUUAAGCCUUAUAUUUGAAAGAAAAGGUGGGGGAGUUAACCCCUGUGCUAAUGUCUGGGAGUCUGUAAAUUGAUGGGAUGUCCUUUAUUAUAUUGGUGGAACAUUUUGAUGCCUCAAAUUAGAUUUUUCCAUUCUUAUACUCCUUUCUUUUUCCUUUUAGUGUCAGUUUUGGGGCUUCAAGAUGAACCCAUCUCAUCGGGUCAUUUCAUUCAAAUGUUGUACCCACUAGAAAGUGGCCUUUGAAAGAGAUACGCUACUCACUCACUGAUAUCGUCAACUAGUUUUAGAUGAGCUUAUCAACCUGGAAUUUCAAAGCAUCUAAUAGAUGAUUAGUUGGAUUGGCUAAAAAAUUCCUUUUUCAUUUUCUGCUUCUUUUACUAGCUCUUGUAUGUAAAUUACCGUUUUCAUUUUUUGUUGCUGGGAAGGUAAAAUAUAUUUUGAGUUUUUGGUUGGCA